UCAAUUUCUUCCGACACGACUUACGACAGCCAAUGUAGACCCAGCUUUACUAUCUUAUGCACCGGCAGUCUGGAAGUUGGCUGCGCUGAUCUACACGAGUGUAUACAUGCACGAUUCCAACCUUGAUAGGACACCCCAGCAGUGAUGCAAAGUUUGGGUUCCAAAGUUUGCAUCUCUGCACCCCAGUCCCAGUGGGCCUCUUGCUACUGCUGUGUGAUAUAAAUUAUAAUAAUUAAUAAACGUGAGAACUGAUAACAAUGAAACCAAAAUCCAGUUUUAUUUGGAACUUUUAUGAUGAAGUGGAGAGUGACAGAGCCAAGUGUAAAAUAUGUGACAACGUUUAUUCUCGCAAAGGACGGUGUACUACAGGUUUAAUAACACAUUUAAAGUUAAAACACAAUGAUGAGUAUUUGCAAUUCAUAGAUUUACGAGAUAAAUCAAAAGAAUCUGUUGCCACAUCAACUUGUACAUCGAGUACACCGUUGCAAGCUAUAAAAAAACAAAUGACUUUGCAAGAAUCUUUACAAAAAAAAGAUUACUGGGAUUCAUCUAAUAUAAAGACAAUCGAAUUUGAUAAAUUAAUCGCAGAGAUGAUUGCUCUACAAGAUUUGCCUUUUAAUUUUGUUGAAAGCAUCGGGUUUCGCCGAUUAAUGCAAGCUGCAUUACCCCGUUAUAAAUUGAGAGGACGUGAAUAUUUCACUUCAUUCUUGUGUGAAAAUCUGUACAACCAGAUGGCUAGUAAAGUAAAACAGUUACUGGAAGGUUUCAAUAAGCUGUCUUUUACAAGUGAUGUCUGGUCAGAUCCUAGUGCUGGCGUGUCCCUUUUGAGUUUGACUGCCCACGGAAUUACAGAAAAUUUUCGUAAAGUAAACAUUAUACUAAAAUGUGAGCCAAUUGAGGGUAGUCAUACGGGUGCUGUGAUAUCAGAAAAACUUAUAAUGAUGUUAAAUGAAUGGAACCUAACUGAGAAAGUUCAUUGUGUAGUACGUGAUCGAGGCUCAAACAUGAUUCGGGCUAUGAAUCUUUCAAAUUUCACUCACAUUGAUUGCAUCGUACACCAAAUUCAGCUCUGUGUCCGAGCAGGUAUAGAAUCUGAAGAUCAUCUUUUAAAAAUUAUUGCAAAAAAUAAACAAAUAGCAACACACUUCAACCAUUCUAUAUUGGCUCAGGAUGAAUUAUAUAAAAUACAAACACAGCGACUUAAUCAACCAUCUCUCGCUGUUAUACAAAAUUGCCCAACCAGGUGGAACAGCACAUAUUAUAUGAUGGAACGCCUGUUAAAAAUUAAAGAUUCCAUGAUACUGUAUUUGAGCACAUAUAAUAAAAUAACAAUAUCUACUGACGAAUGGUUGGAUAUGGAAAAAUGCGUAGCUGUACUGAAACCAUUUGAAGAGAUCACCCGAGAAUUGAGCAGUACUAAAAUUUUAAUAUCGUCAGUUAUACCUCUCAUUCACGUUCUUAAGUUAACACUACAAAAAGAAGAAUGUAAGACAGAUACUUCAGUAAUAUUGAAGAGAAUUAUAAGAAAGUUAAUUAAUGAACUAAAUUCAAGAUUUGGGGAACUACAAAAUAACAAUUUAUUUGCAAUUGCCACCUACUUAGAUCCUAGGUAUAAAUUAAAAUUUUUCAGUGAAAUUCUAAAAGAGCAAGUACAAUCCGAUCUUAUUUGCCUCAUAAAUUCUGAUUCUGAAUCCAUAUCCGAUAGUUCACCUCUAGCUAAAAAAUCAAGGUUGGAAUCGUCGUCCAAUGAUAAUGAUGACGAGUGUGCAACAAAUACGCACGCAAGGAAAUAUUUGUCGCAAAUACAAUCUUCAUUAGCAAAUAUUUUAAAUUCAAACACUGAUGAAGAUGAUUCAUUGAAUCGAAGCUCAAUUUCUGACACCGAUAAUCGGUUUUUUAUACUAAAGUCAAUGUUAACAGAAUACAAUAAAGACAAAAAACUUCAGCUUACAGAAGAUCCUCUAUUGUGGUGGAACAUAAAUAGUAACAAAUAUAAAGAUUUAAUCCCAAUUGUUCGCCAAUUCCUAGCAACUCCUCCAGGGAGUGUACCAAGCGAGCAACUAUUCAGUGGUGCUAGUUUAAUUUAUGAUCCAUUGAGAAAUAAAUUAAAAAGUGAGAAAGCAGCAAAACUGCUCUUUGUGAAAUAUAAUUUGCCAUUAUUAAAUUUUGAAUAUUAAUUUCAUAUAAUUAGAUAAAUGUGAACUCUAAACAAAGAAAGAAGUACCAAAGUAUAAUAUACCCAUACAGCACGCAUGUCUAAAAGACGUCUUAAAGAUGUCUUUUAGACAUGCGUGCUGUAUGGGUAGUUAAUUCUUAAUUAGAAGUAAGAAGAGAGCUUUAUUUUAUUCUGAAAUAAUAGAAAUGUUUAUUUUGUUUUAAUAUUAGAAAGUGAUAUCUUUGUUCCUGUUCUGUGUUACAUUGCAAUAAUGU